UCACCGCGCCCGAUCCACGGGGUGACGCGUCGCCGGACCCGUUGCGGACUCCUCCAACCAAACCAACUUCUCAUCCGGCAAGCUAUAAAACCCAUGGAGAACCUCGCCUCAAAUCAAAAGCAAACAGGAACAAGCUACGAAAGCCGUCUCCCCACGAAAUCGCGCAGACCGAGCACGCACCAAAACGAUCCCGGUUCGCUUCAGUAGCUAACUCGCCGCCCACCGCCGGGAUGUUUCUCGUGGAUUGGUUCUUCGACGCUCUGGCGUAUCUGGGGCUGUGGCAGAAGGAUGCCAAGAUCCUGUUCCUAGGCCUCGACAACGCCGGCAAGACCACCCUCCUCCAGAUGCUCAAGGACGAGAGAUUGGCGCAGCACCAGCCGACGCAGCACCCGACGUCCGAGGAGCUGAGCAUCGGGAAGAUCAGGUUCAAGGCGUUCGACCUCGGCGGUCACGCGUUGGCGCGCCGUGUCUGGAAGGACUACUUCGCCAAGGUUGAUGCCGUCGUGUACCUGGUGGACGCUGCCGAUCGCGAACGGUUCAACGAGACGAAGCAGGAGCUGGACUCGCUCCUCUCGGCCGAGGCGCUUUUCGGCGUGCCCUUCCUCGUGCUCGGCAACAAGAUCGACAUCGCAAGCGCAUUAUCUGAGCACGAAUUGCGCUACUAUCUCGGGCUGGAGUACUACACCACCGGCAAGGGCAACGUCGAUCUCUCCCACAACGGCAUGCGGCCCCUAGAGAUCUUCAUGUGCAGCGUGGUCCGGAAGAUGGGCUACGGCGAUGGCUUCAGAUGGAUGUCGCAGUACAUCAAAUAGAGAGAUCAGAGGGAAAGGCAUCUCUGUUUCUUCUUGUGACGCUACAUAUGUACAGUAUACAUUGCAGUUUCCAUGGCCAUUCAACUUGAUUGCUUAGUGGCUAGUUUGGCUUAGUCUUUUUCUCAGUCUGUUAUAUUCUUGAAGCCUAGAUCCGGCCUGUACUUUUGACUCCUGCUUUGGUUAAAUUUCACGAGCUUCGAUAUAUUUCCGCAUAUUCUGAAAAUUCCCAAUGAUGUCAAAAUAUUUGUGAGGGUCGCGCACAUGUGGUGGUCAGAGUAGGCAAUAUGUAUCGG